AAUAACAAUAAUAAUAAUAAUAAUAAUAAUAAUAAUAAUAAUAAUAAUAUCAAUAACAAUAACAAUAACAAUAACAAUAACAAUAACAAUAACGAUAACGAUAACGAUAACAAUAACAAUAACAAUAACAAUAACAAUAACAAUAACAAUAACAAUAACAAUAACAAUAACAAUAACAAUAACAAUAACAAUAACAAUAACAAUAACAAUAACAAUAACAAUAACAAUAACAAUAACAAUAACAAUAACAAUAACAAUAACAAUAACAAUAACAAUAACAAUAACAAUAACAAUAACAAUAACAAUAACAAUAACAAUAACAAUAACAAUAACAAUAACAAUAACAAUAACAGUAACAAUAACAAUAACAAUAACAAUAACAAUAAUAAUAAUAAUAAUAAUAAUAAUAAUAAUAAUAAUAAUAAUAAUAAUAAUAAUAAUAAUAAUAAUAAUAAUAAUAAUAAUAAUAAUAAUAAUAAUAAUAAUAAUAAUAAUAAUAAUAAUAAUAAUAAUAAUAAUAAUAAUAAUAAUAAUAAUAAUAAUAAUAAUAAUAAUAAUAAUAAUAAUAAUAAUAAUAAUAAUAAUAAUAAUAAUAAUAAUAAUAAUAAUAAUAAUAAUAAUAAUAAUAAUAAUAAUAAUAAUAAUAAU